AUGGGCGGGAUCUGGAAAAGAAGCUACACGGAGCGGGGAAGAGGAGGCGGAGGAGAAAGAGGAGAAAGAGGAGGGCGCAAAGCUCCCCACGGGCCUCGGUCCCUCCCGUACGCACUGCGAUGCACCCAGAGGCCGCAAGGGGGUGCGGCAGCAUCUUGGGGCCUGCGCUUCGGGGUGAGCGCAGCGCAGGGCUGGCGCAUACACAUGGAGGACGAGCAUUGCGCUUAGCUCGCGCUACCUGGGCUGCCCUCCGGAUGGGCUUUCUUCGCUGUCCUCGACUGCCACUGCGGGGCACAAGCCUCCCUCUUCGGCGCGCGCCACCUGCCAGGCCACGUGUUGGAGGCGUAGGGCCCAGCUCCUGGUGAGCCGGAGGGCGUGGGCCGGGCGCUUCGCCCCGCCUUAAUGAGUGCAGACGCACGCCUCUGCUCGCUCUGGCCCCACGGCGAGCCGGGAGGCUCCACCGCCAUGGCAUUGCUCAUCUCCCCGAGCUUUCUGUACCUGGCGCACUGCGGUGACUCCCGCGCGGUGCUGAGCCGCGCGGGCGCCGUGGCCUUCAGCACCGAGGACUAUCGUCCCCUCCGGCCUCCGGAACGCGAGCGCAUCCAUGACUCGGGCGGCACCACCUGCCGCCGGCGCCUCCAGGGCUCUCUGGCAGUGUCGAGAGAACUAGAAGCUGCUUACAAGGAGGUUCCUGGAAGGCCCCCUGAGCUGCAGCUCGUUUCCGCGGAGCCUGAGGUGACCGUCCUAGAACGGCGGGCGGAGGAUGAGUUCUUGUUCCUGGCCUCGGAAGGCGUGUGGGACGCGAUGUCUGGAGAGGCCCUGGCGGGACUCGUGGCAUCACGCCUCUGCUUAGGCCUGGCCCCAGAGCCUCUCUGCGCUCAGCUCUUGAACAUGUGUCUUUGCAAGGUCUUGGGGGCGGGGCUUGGGAUCACUGAGGGGAUGAACCUAAGGGAUUUAGGGCGGAGGGAUUUUAAUGGAAAGGAUUCAAGGGAACUGGAGGAGAGGGUGGGGCUCCACUAAAGGGCGUGACCAGAUGGGAUGGGGGCGUGCCCAAAACAUGGAGAGGGCGGAGCCUGAUGGAUGCCUUGAGGCAAGAUGGCGAAGUGGUACCAGAGGUGUUAGGGCAGCCUGGAUAACAUGAUCUGCAUUCUGGUCUGCUUCACCGGGGUCCCAAGGCCUUGUGAGGAGGCAAUCAGGAAGGAGCUAGCACUGGACACAGCUCUGGGCCGCAGGGUCACCAGUGGGCAAGCUCUAGGAGCGCAGCGGGACGGGUGGUCGGCAAGCAGGGGUACCCAAAUAACCCUUGCCUCCUUGUCAGAGCUGUGUUCCUCUGUCCAGGAACCCCCAGCUUGAACAGGGUUUUCUAGACUCUGGCCUCAGAGGACAUCCCAGAUUUACCUCCUGGGGGAGGUCUGUACUGCAAGUG